AUGGCGACUGUUUUCAGCUCGCGCUUUGGCGCUGCCGCAAAGCGCAAAAACAAAAAGCCUGUCGAUAGUAUGCUGAAUGACAGUUCGGAUGACGGUUCUCCUCUAGGUGGCGACGUGCGUCGAAAUUCGUUGAAAAGACCGACGUCAGGACAUGUAAGCACCAAUUCCUCGGAUUUCUUGCAACGUGUGACUCGUCAUACUACAACAGCAAAUAGAGCCGAGAAUAGGACGCCAAUGAUGCAAGAAACACCAAUGAAGAAGAAGUUUGGAUCGUUGUUCGGUAGUCGAAGCAGUUGGACAAGUAAGAGAAGCACGGGGAAAAAGUGGUACAGUGAUUCGGAUGAUGAGGAAGAGGAGGAACUGGUUGUGAAGAAGACGUCGGGAAAGAGUAAAGUGAAAAGCGACCAAGACGAGGAAAUGGGCUCCGAGAUGGACGUGUAUAUUUUAAGUGCAAUGGUUGAGUCACACAAGAAGAAAAAUGACGAGCCUGCAUCAAUAGCUGCACAACAAAUGCGGCCUGAAUUCAAUCGACUAAUGACAGACCGAAAAGAAAGAGUGAGCACAGAGGGAAGUGUAUCCGAUGAGAGUGGAAGAGAAGCAGCGUCUUUGAAGCCUCGAGCUGCAUAUGCUACAGAAAUGAAGAUAAAUGUGCCCAGGCUGCAGACGAAGACACGAACGAUGUCGUCUUUUUGUGGAAAUGGGAAAGGAAAACCGGGAUCACCUGCCAUCAUUAAUUCAGCUGCUUGUAAUUCGAAACGAGGCACACCGUCAGCCUUGUUGGAGCAUUUGAUGUUGGAGACUCCACCUACUUGUAAUACAAGCACAAAACGACCGGCAAAGGUGGAGACAGGAGGCAAUAGAAUUGCCCCCACCAUCCUUAUAAACCGUCGUACUGACCAACUGAAACACUCUGCCAGCGGAUCCGAGUACAGUGGAUCGCCGAGGUUGGCAAUUUGCAGCAACGACGAGGUCUUCAGUCCUGGUCUGCGAAAGGUACCGGGGGCGUUUCCCGGAAGACCUGGUAGUGGCGUAUUGCUAGAGGGUUGGCUAUCUCAGAAACAGCGCCGCACAACCAAGGGAUUAAAGAAGUGGAAUUCACGCUACUUUGUUCUCUAUGCGCGAUCCAACGAGAUUCGCUAUUAUGCAGACGUCGUCCAGUCUGCUUGGGGGCCAAUUCCGCUUGGUGAGAUUGGAUCAAUUUCGUUGCGACUUAUUCAGCGUAUCGGCAAGCUUAGCCACCCUAAAUGCAAAGGCUGCCGCUUUGACAUUACCUGCCGCAAUGGCUGGGGUACACCCUAUGCUGAUGACUACGUUUCGUCUGAUGAAGAGAAUGCAAGCGGUAACAACAUUGCCAGCACGAACUCGAACAACGAGAAAACAGGGGCAACAGCUUCAAAAUCGGAAAAGGGUGGCACUCCGCGAUCCUUUCGGGUAUACAGCUUCGUUGCUGACUCGCCACAGGUCACAGUGGCAUGGGUGAACACGUUAGACUCACUGCUAACGCGCAGUGCCAACAGCCCACGACCUGACGUGAGCUCGUCAGCCAUUGCCACCAGUGGAACAUCAACCGCGAAUGCCAGCGGCAGACCCAAAGAGCUUCGAGCUGAAGUACGGCAACGACCGAGUGCUUUGGAUAUGGAGUCGAUAGUGAUGUUGGGUCCUGGAGAGUGUGUACCGAAGGCUACCAUCUACGCCAUAAACUUCAUCUUCGACUCGACGCCAGGCAUUGAGACGGAAAAGUUCUACGAAGUCGAGCCUGACGCUACGAAGCUGAAGGCUGCCCUGAAAUUUCUGAAUGCGUUUGCUGGUGAGGCGGUGUCUCACAAACCGACUAAAGAGGAAUUGGAGGAACUGCUGGACGCCAUUACCGCCAGUGCCGUCGUACGCUUGUGGCUGAAGCAACUCGAGCAACCUUUGAUCCCGUUCUCACUGUACGAAGACUUUGAAGCACUUGCGCGUGAGGCACAAACUGCGCCGUUCGAUCUCCGUCGAAAUCUCCGUGCACUGCUGCAAGCUCUGCCCAAGAAAAAUCUUACCAUGUUGGCCUGUCUGCUCUUCCACUUGAAUGACGUCAACGUAUACUCAUCCAAGAACGGGAUGAACGCAGCUUGCCUAGCGCAUCACUUUGCCAAAUUCAUCCUGCGCCCACAGAAAAAGUCAUUUCAAGGUGACAACUCGAAAGAGAAAGACGAUGUCGAUUAUGCUGUAAGUGACCUCGUAAAAGAGAUGAUCACUAACGUCGAUACGUUCAUUGACGAAAAAGAAGCUCAACUUCUCGAGGACAAUCGACUAUAA